AUGUCUCGUCCUGCACAUAGAAGACCAGAAUACCAUAAAAUAAACAAAGAUCUCUUUGUCCUCACCUAUGGAGCUCUGGUUGCCCAACUGUGUAAGGAUUACGAAAAAGAUGAAGAUGUGAAUAAAUAUUUAGAUAAAAUGGGAUAUGGCAUUGGAACACGGCUGGUGGAAGACUUUUUGGCUCGAUCUGGUGUGAGACGAUGCCACAGUUAUUCAGAAAUUAUAGAUAUAAUUGCCCAGGUUGCUUUCAAGAUGUAUUUGGGAAUUACACCAAGUGUGGCCUGUCACAAUUCAAGCAGAAGUGAAUUUUCCCUGAUUCUAGACAAGAAUCCUCUGGUGGAGUUUGUGGAAGAGCUCCCCGCCGGGCGGUCAUCUCUGUGCUACUGCAAUUUACUCUGUGGGAUUAUCAGAGGAGCCCUGGAAAUGGUUCAUUUGGCUGCUGAUGUUACAUUCUUGCAAGACACUCUAAAAGGCGACAAUGUGACAGAAAUAGGAAUAACAUUCUUGAAAAAGCUAGAUGAGAAAAAAUACAGACGGAAAAAAUGAAAAAUAGCA